GGAGGGACGCCGCUGGGAGCCGGCCCGGCCUGCGCCUCUCGCUCGCUCGGUCGGGGCUGGAAGCGCCCAACCACCGGCCGGUGCGUGUGCGGGACGCGCUCCCCCGCCCUCGUCCCUGGGCGCUGACCGAGCCCGCAACCAUGGUGCCGGCCCAGCUGCUGCUGUCUCAGGCCGUACAUGGCCGGGGAGGCUAUGAUUCUGAUUUUAGUGAUGAUGAGAGUGGAGAGAAAUCUGACCAAAGGAAUAAAAGGACAAGUAAUGAAGAUGCCCUACUCGUAAAACCAUUCCAGAAAGUAAAACAGGUCAAGGUGGCUGACAGACAAAUUGCGGCAGAAGAAUGGGAUAGGGAAGAAGCAAGAAAUAGGAGAUUUCAUCUGAUAGCCAUGGAUGCUUAUGCAAGACAUAAAAAGUUUGUGAAUGACUACAUUUUAUACUAUGGUGGCAAAAAGGAGGACUUCCGACGUUCAGGAGCAGGUGACAAGACAGACCUUGAUGUUGUAAGAGAAAACUAUAGAUUCCUAUGGAAAGAGGAAGAUGCAGUGGACAUGAAUUGGGAAAAGAGACUGGCAAAGAAAUACUAUGAUAAAUUAUUCAAAGAGUAUUGUAUAGCAGAUCUGAGUAGAUACAAAGAGAACAAGUUUGGAUUUAGAUGGAGACAUGAGAAAGAAGUAGUUUCAGGAAAAGGUCAGUUUUCCUGUGGAAAUAAGCACUGUGAUGAGAAGGAAGCCCUGAAGAGCUGGGAGGUGAAUUUUGGGUACAUUGAAUAUGGUGAAAAGAGGAAUGCGCUUGUGAAAUUGAGAUUGUGUCCACAAUGUUCCUGCAAAUUAAAUUUUCAUCACAGGAGGAGAGAAGUCAAAUCAAACAAGAAAAGACAGAGAACAGAACGAAACUCUGAAGACCCCAAAAGUAAGAAGUCAAGAUUAUCUCAUUCAGAAAAACACAGAUCUAAGAGAAAGAAACAGAAAGAUCAAGUUUCCUCAGAUGAUUCAGAUGAUUUUGAUAACGACCCAGAUGGCAGUGAAGAGCAAGAUGUUCCUUCAGACGCUGACUUUUGGAAGGGUCCUCUAUUGGAGACAGAUGAAAAAUCACGGGAGGAAGAGUUUGAUGAGUAUUUUCAAGACUUGUUUCUCUGAAAAUCCAUGUGGAAACCUAGAUUAACUUCUUCUUGAAUUGAUCUGAUUCAUAUCUGAAUCCCAAAUCAGAUUUAGGAAUGUAUGUAUAUUUUUUUCUAUAAAAAUUCCAUUAAAGCCACUGCUCCUACAAUUGACUGUCCAUGGACACAUACCCGUGCUUGCAUAGAGCAUCACUGGGACAUGCCCAUGUUUGGUCAGUUGCAGGAUUGGGGCAUAAGCAGUUUCUCUUGGAAGAUGAUAGAUACCCUGUACAUUAAUGAAGAAUGACAUAUAACAUACCUGGUUAUAAUUUAUUUUCAGCUGAGUGCAUUGUAAAGUACAAAUCUAAAAAAUUAUAGAAGACCCUGCACAUUAAUCUCAAAAGAGGGUGACAAGGAGACAUAUCAGAAUGGAGUUUACUGAUAGAGUGCAGUGUUUUCACAACGAUCAGAUGCAUGAAGUACUUUCUUCCAUGCUGCGCUUUCUAGUUACUUGUUUUAAAGGCAUAUUCUAGUUGACUCCCUAUUCUGUAUUUACCACUAAACUCUUCAAUAAAAUAUGUAUAGUUCUCUCUUAAAUCUAUUAAACCAUGCAGCAAAGUGUUCGUGGAUUUAAAUUAAUCAGUCACCCAGUGUUUAAGAUUCAGACAUCUAUAUGUGUAAAUCUUUUUGAAAUAUUGAUACUGAAGUUUCUGAUUCUAUAAAACUUAUUUUGUUUGGCCUAAGUAAAUCUUUUCUUCCUAAAAUUGAUGAUGAUGUUUUCUUUAAUUUUUUAUAAGCAUUAGUUCACUGUUACCCUCCUCAUUUUAAGUCUUUAUUUUAAAUGUUGUUUGAUUGCCAGUCCCAUGGACACUCCACUAGCAGUUUGGGAUGUUAGUUUCUCACAUUUGUUUUAAUAAAUAAGGUACGUGGUUUGCCUCUGGGAAAUGUAUAUAUGGCUUAUGCGUUAUCUGUGGUUUCUGAUCUCCAUAGCAGUGAAUGAAGGGUAAUCCUACUUUAAAGGGUAAUCCUGAGCAUGCAAAACAAGAACAUAUAGUAACACUUGAGACUUACUCGUUUUUUUCCUAUUCAAAUUGCAGCAUAACUUUAAAUUCAUUUUAUUGUAUGUUUCCAAAGAAACAGUCUGCACAAGAUUAAUUACAGUGGCCAUUCCUUUUCCAAUGGAAGACUACUUCAGCUGCAUAAAAGACAUUUGUGUUACCAUAGUAUGGAAUGAAAUUUACAUUUUAAACAGUCUCGGUAAAAUUAAUGUUUUUUAAAAUACUGUCUGUAUUUUUGAAAGCUGAAACCUUAAUUGGAUGAGUCAUUCACGCAGUAGAUGCCAUAUAACAAAGUACUUGGUGUAAACAACAUAAUUGCAGACAUGGUUGUAAUAUAUCCAUGAACAUGUUAUUACAUGUGCAUGAUUUAUGUGUAUAUCAACAUAUCUCUAUUUACAUUUAGUAUUACUUAACAUAAUUACAAUUUUAACAGUUCAUACAUACAGAAUGGAUGACAGUACAGAGACACAUUUAAGGUGUCCUUGAAUAACAAGUAAAGGUAGCCUUGUGUGUGUGAAGUCUUCUUUAGGUAAGAAGAUGGAUUUAAAGGUUAAUUCUUUGUCAUCUUGCAAGCUUAGUUGGGAGCCAAAUCCAAUCUGCAGCAAUCAGUUUAAGUCUGUGUAACUUGUCUGUAGGGGCUUUAGUAGAGUCUGUUGCUAUAUUUGCUGCUGCAAAUACUGUAGAAUAGGCAUGUAUUUUGGAUACCUAACUCUUCUCUGGGCCUUCAAAAUGCAGUUAUAAAAUGGUACAAUAUACAUAUUAAAUACAUUGUUUCAUUUAAUGUAUUUUGAAUUAUAAGUAGAUGAUAAAAGCAAACUUGGUAUUUCUUCAUAUCUACAUUUAUUACAGAAAAUAAUACAUCAUAUCCAGUUUAUGGCAUUUUUAAGUCUGCAUAAAUAUUUGGCCCAUUAAUACAUUAAAGAUGUAACAAGUGGGAAUAUUUUUGUGGAAGAAUGUUUUAUUUCUCAUUAUAGUUGCGCAGUAUCUAUGUCUUGUGUAUGUUAGAACAUUUUUAAAUCAUUUUUUAUAAAAAUGCUAGGAGGAUAUGGGGAAAGAGAAAGGAGAAUAUAGUUCAGCAUGCCAUGUAUACAGCAUAAUUUGGGUGUUACCUGUGCACAUUUAGAAAGGAUAGUGUUUUAAUGUAUGGAGAUACAAAAUCAGAGACUUAUUAAUGGAGCAUUGGUCAGUAAUUGCACAUCACAGUUGAAGAGAAAAAUCUGAAAUGUUUUUCUCCUGCACUUUGUAGGGAAACUUAAUAUACAGUAAAAGUAUUCAUCAUGGGGCAAAUAUUCCCCCUGCCUCUGUGGGUGUUAGAUUCCCUUCAAUCAAUAGAACCUGUACAUUCCUGUUUUCUGGGGGAAAGGAAGGGUGGCAGGAUUCGGGGAGCCUGCACAUGGGGAGAAUAAUUUGUGCAUUGCAGAACCACCCUUUAUACUUUUGCACUGUUAGAUUUGGAAUUGGGUCCAAUGGAUACUCUGGAAUAUGAAUUUUGUACAUAAAUCCACUGGUCAUUCCCCUUUCUCCGCCUAUGGGAAUGGCAGACACUCCAGACCAAGAGCGGAAGAGUGGCUGUGGAAAGCUCCAUUGCCAUUCUUUAUACUUGCUUACAAAGAGACCAUUAAUGCACAGACUAGUUUCCUAGGGUGUGACUAGGGGAGGAUUUGUGAAGACUGUGUUUUUUCUCCAAUCUUGUUGGGGCAAAUUCAGUGAUUCUGAAAUACCAGACAAAUGUAUUUGUUAUUCUGUCCAAAAAUGUUGUAUCUGCAUUUCAUAUACCUUUUAAGACAUUUGAACAUAUAGUCCUGCUCAAGGGAUAUUGGUGUAGAUCCUUUGAUAAAUUCUUCAUUCUAAAUAAAAAGCUUACAGUUCUU